AUGGCCAUAGAGAGUCCAGAUACUCUGGGAGUGGCUGUACCCUUCAAUGAGAACUUGCCUUAUAGUGGCCCGCCGGGCUCAGUUUCCCCCGGGGUCUCAGUGUUGGGCCACAGCAGUGCCCUGGCAACGCCUAUUUCUGUACCCCUAACAGCACCUGCUUCCAUAGGCUCUUUAAAACACGAAAUAUUUUUUGUCCCAGGCACGCCUUCUCCUGGGACCCAUGCUAUGCCCCCCUUUACGGGUCAGCCCGUGCACUCUGGCCACCUUGGGCUGCCCCCAGCUAGGCACCAACCAUUGUCAGCUUUAGAAACCCAACACUCUCUUGUGAGCCUGUCAAACCUCCAGGAAGAACCUUCCCUAAGUGAUCAGCCCACACCUGCUCCACAGGAGACUGAGAGCCCCAGUACCUCAGGAGGGGCAACCAGGAAACGGCCUUACGUCUGCUCAUACGACAACUGUGGAAAAACUUAUACCAAGCGCUCUCACCUCGUGUGUCAUGAACGCACACACACAGGUGAAAAGCCCUACGUGUGUGAAUGGGAAAGCUGUACGUGGUCUUUCUUUCGCUCUGAUGAGCUCAAACGACAUAAACUGACCCACACCAGAGACCGGCCGCAUAUAUGCCGGGAGUGUGGCCGACGGUUCAUGAGAGCCGAUCACCUCAAGCAGCACGACCGAACGCAUAGGCGCCUCCCGAAGCCUCAAGCCGACAUCGAGCCGACAAAUGGUUUUCCUGUCUCGGGUCAGGAGCUUUAG